GCCGGGUGUUAUUGGCCGAGCCAGCUGCCAGUCGUGCCAAUCCGGACCGGAGGGCGGGUCUCGGUGGCCCGGAGGCUCACCGGGCACAGACCGAGCUCAGAGCUCCGUCUGAACAGCUGCUGCGCGCUGCGUCCGCGUUUCUUUUUAUUUUACCUUUUUUUCCCAACAUUUUUUCCAGCCGCCUGCUUUUACCGCCGUCGUGCCGCCGGUCCCUCCCGGUGAUGGGGGUCCGCGGAGCCGCGACUCCCGGUACGAGCUCCGUCUGACCGCCCCGGAGCUGUCCGCGGUGCUGAACGGCGCCGACAUGAGGAGGAGGACGCUGCCCGGGGAGGGAGCCUGGACGGCGGGGAAAGUCCUGCUGCUGCUGCUGCUCAGUGUGGCUCGGUGUAAAGAGAUGGACAACGCAGCGAGAAACCGGCAGGCUCCCAUGUCGCCCUCAGACUUCCUGGACAAGCUGAUGGGGAGAACAUCCGGAUACGACGCCCGGAUAAGACCCAACUUUAAAGGUCCUCCGGUCAACGUCUCCUGCAACAUCUUCAUCAACAGCUUUGGCUCCAUCGCUGAGACCACCAUGGACUACCGGGUCAACAUCUUCCUCCGUCAGCAGUGGAACGACCCUCGACUUGCCUACGCCGAGUAUCCGGACGACUCUCUGGACCUGGACCCGUCCAUGUUGGACUCCAUAUGGAAACCAGAUCUGUUCUUCGCCAACGAGAAGGGAGCCCACUUCCACGAGGUCACCACGGAUAACAAGCUCCUCAGGAUAUUUAAGAACGGGAACGUCCUGUACUCCAUCCGGUUAACGUUAACUCUGUCGUGUCCCAUGGAUCUGAAGAACUUCCCGAUGGAUGUUCAGACCUGCAUCAUGCAGCUGGAGAGUUUCGGUUACACCAUGAACGACCUGAUCUUUGAGUGGCAGGAGAACGGACCGGUCCAGGUGGCCGAAGGUCUGACGCUGCCUCAGUUCAUCCUCAAAGACGAGUCGGACCUCAGAUACUGUACCAAGCACUACAACACAGGUAAAUUCACCUGCAUCGAGGUGCGCUUCCACCUGGAGCGCCAGAUGGGCUACUACCUGAUCCAGAUGUACAUCCCAUCGCUGCUCAUCGUCAUCCUGUCCUGGGUCUCCUUCUGGAUCAACAUGGACGCCGCCCCGGCCAGGGUGGCUCUGGGCAUCACCACGGUGCUCACCAUGACGACGCAGAGCUCCGGCUCCAGGACGUCACUGCCCAAGGUGUCGUACGUUAAGGCCAUCGAUAUCUGGAUGGCCGUGUGUCUGCUCUUCGUUUUCUCGGCGCUGCUGGAAUACGCCGCCGUCAACUUUGUGUCACGACAACACAAAGAGCUGCUGAGAUUCAGGAGACACAAGAGCAAGAGCAAGAACUGUGGAGGUGCCGUGGAUCCGGAGGAGCUGGCCGAGUCCCUCCGUCGGGUCAGCAGCGACCUCAGAGCUCCAUACCCCAUGUACGGAUCCAUGACCAACAUCUACACCAACCACAGGGAGGGGGAGGCUCAUGAGAACCGGAUCACCUCGCCAGCCGCCAUCACCUCGACUCCCAGCAACAGCAAAGACUCCAAGUCGAGCGCCAACAACGCCGUGACGGCGCUGAACACCGCCGGAGCUCCAGCCAACGCUACCCAGAAUGCACCUGGGACGACGGGAGGAGGAGGAGCAAGAGGAGGAGGAGCAGGAGGAGGAGGCGGGAAGACGACCGAGGAGAUGAGGAAGCUGUUCAUCGACCGAGCCAAAAAGAUUGAUACUGUGUCGAGGGCCGGCUUCCCUCUGGCCUUCCUGUUCUUCAACAUCUUCUACUGGGUUCUAUACAAGAUCCUGAGACAUGAAGACUUCCACAAACCAUAGAGACAAACAUCUGCUGCACAUCUAGACCCACCACACACCUGCAUCCACCUCACCUGUCCCAGCUCCUCUUUGUCACCAGGAUUACUGAAGAGUUCCUUCGUUCUGAUCGUUCAUGAUGUUUAAAUGUUCAGGCUAAGACCUGACAGUUUUAUUUAUGAGUCGUUUACAUAUUCAGGAAUGAAACGCCACAGAAAUCACAUCAAAUACUACUUUACCUGACUGCAACACACGUUAAUGCUGAAACCUAAUAGAAUUAUAAAUGAUGCAGCUGAACCUGACAAACGUAAAUAUUAAGGCUCAGAGGUUUAGAUUAUACCUGAGAUUAAAACCACAAAAAACUUACAUGAAGUACUACUUUAUGUUAACACUGAGACCAUGCACUGUUUUUAUGUGUUAGUAUUAUAAUUCAUGCAGCUUAGCCUAACUGAUACUAAUGCUAGGGCUAAGCCUCAACAUUGUUAUUCAUGAUUCAUUUACAUUUUAUUGAUUAAACCUCCCACAAUGAUUUCUAACACGACUUCACCUGACUGUAAAACAUAUCCAUGCUAAGACCUUACACUGUUACACGUGCAGCUUAGCCUAACUGAUAUGAAUAUUAGGGUGAAGACCCAACAGUUGUAAUUAUGGUGUGAUUGUACUUGAGAUUAACUCUAAAAAAAGUUACAUAAAAUACUACGUUAUGUUAACAAUGAGACCAUGCACUGUUGUUCUUUGUUAGUAUCUUAAGUCAUGCAGCUUAGCCUAACUGAUAUGAAUAUUUAGGCUAAGACCCUACAUUGUUAUUGAUGAUUAAUUUACUCCUAAAAUGAAAUGAAAUGCUCCUUUCAGACACUCAGACCUUACACUGUUACACAUGCUGAUUAACCUAACUGAUAUGAAUAUUAAGGCUCAGACCCAGCGGUUGUGAUUAUGGUGGAUUUUACUGGAGAUAAACCCUAAAAAAGUUGCAUAAAAUACUACUUUAUUAGACUAUAAUCCCUGUUGACGCUGAGACCAAACACUGUUUUUGUUCAUGUAGAUUCACCUGACUAAUCUAUGUUAAAUGAAAACCAGGACUAAGACCCUACAGUUUUAUAAUUUACGCUCCUAACUGGUGUAAAUAUUAAGGCUCAGACCCUACAGUGUUAAUUAUGGUAUCAGUAAUUUACAUGUCAGGGACUAAAAAGCCCCAAAUAUGCUAUAAAAUAUAACUUUACCUGACUGUAAUAAACAUAAAGCACAUCAGUGUGAGUAAUUAUAGAGAUGAACCUGACUAAUGUGAUUAUAUUUGUGGCCUACAAAGACUCUAGAGUUAUAAAUUACUACGACCCGACAGAUUUAUUCAUUAAAACAAAGCCUUCCCAGUUUUUUAUUUUUUAUGGAUAAUCUGACUGUUUACUGUUGUUCAUUUUGACAUCUUCAGUCUGCAUCGGUCCUGGAAUUAAGAAUGAAUUAGUCUAAUGUGUCCGGUAAAGCUGAAUAACAGACUCAUGACGGCAGCAGCUGUUUUAAUGUGGGACGAUAGAACAAAAACGAGUUUCUAGCAGUCGCUCUUAGGAACCCACAAAAAACAGUAGAAAGCACGUUAGCAUCUUCGACGUAGCUCCAGUUCAAGGUUACUUAUUCUUCGUGAAAUACGUCGUCACUCUGCAGCUCAUAUCUGACAAAUACAAACACUGAUUAUUACUGAGAACAGCACAGGAUAUCUGGAGAAUUCAGGAGUUACUACUUCGUUUAGGCUCAGAAACUAAUCUCUCAAAGUCCUUUAGCUUAACAGUUAUGUUAGCAUUUGAGCAGAAGCAGCAGCUCUGUAGUUAUUUCUGAGAAUAGAUGACAUUUGAUGAGGUUUGACUUCGUUUGGGCUUAGAAAUUAAUCGAAAUUUUCUUCUAACAUAAGAAUCAGAUUUGAAUUGAAGCAGUAGCAGCAGCUGGUUACAGAUUGUACCGACUGGUUUACAGCUAGUAAAGAACGUUUCCUCCAUGCUGACUGAGCUGCAGACGUUAAAGCGUCUGAGUGGAGAAUUUCCUUCACUGCUUCCUUUAAACAGUCGCUCAAACAUCCACAUACAGGCUGACACAAAAACAUGGAAGCUUUUUAACAAUCCAAUGAAACCAAGAGUGAUGGAAGAAAAAUAUUUGAUUCAUAGUAAUUUAAACCGUAAAACAUGCCAUUUAAGAAACAAUGAUGGAAUUUUCAGUUUUUAUACAUUACUUCCUGUAGAUGGCGUCCUCCUGCACGAAUGCAUUCUUGAAAUCUACCUGGGGAUAUCUCAAGAGUAAAGAGUACACGACUCGACCAAGAACUCUGGAUGAGUUAAAACACAGAAUUCAGGAUGAAAUUCACAGUAUCCAGCUGAGAUGUUGCAGCGGUCAAUGAGGAACCUCAGCAGCAGAUUUCAAGAAUGCGUUCGUACAGGAGGACGCCAUCUACAGGAAGUCAUUUUAAAAAAUGAAAAUUCCAUCAUUGUUUCUUAAAUUCUUAAGGUUUCAAUUACUAUGAAUAAAAUAUUUUUCUUCCAUCACUCUUGGUUUUAUUGGAUUGUUAAAAUGUGUCGCCCUGUAGAACCGUCAUGCCUGCAGACGUGUUUAAACUCCAGCCAUGCAGCGCAGUUUCAGCUGCUUAAGCCACCAGUUUGUGACCCAGAUUCAGAAACAGAAAAAAGUUCCAGCUGGUGGGUCUCAAACCACCUCCUUCCAUUAAUGAAACACAUGCUGCAAGAUAAGAUGAUAAAAACAUCUCAGUUACUGAUGUAGCCAAACUGUUAGACACAUUUAAAGGUAAAUUCAAGAUAACUUCAUGAUUUUAUUCUCAAUUCUGAAAGACUGAUGCAGACUGUUCUGUUGAGCCCCAAUAUUUUUUUUAGAGUAAAAGUUUGUCACGUAAACACAAAAGAAGUUUAUUAACCCAACAACAGUGAUCAGACACAACAUUGAAACCAGCUGACGGAUCAUGUCCUCAUGAAGGCUCGGCUCUGGAAGAUCUGAGAGACUUUAACAAACUCUGAUGGUAGAAACCGUGUUAAAACAUCUAGAGAAGCAGAACCAGAGACGUGGACACCAAAGGAGGUCUGAUCCCACAGAAGAGCUGCUGAUGGAGAGAAGUCAGAACAUCUCCGAACAUCUCAGACUGAGUCCAUGCUGACUCCUGUCCACCACUGAAAGCUGCCACAGCAUCACAGCUGGACCAUGGACACAUGGAAGAAGGUGUCCUGCUCUGAGGAGUUUCCUUCUCCAUCAUGUGGACAUCCAGGUGAGUCUUUUACCUGCAGAGGAGAUGCAUCAGGAAGGAGGAGAUGUUCUGCUGGGGAACCUGGAGUCCUGCAUUCAUGUGGACGUUCCUUUGGCCACCUCCAUGGCAGCUUCAUUUCCUGAUGGAUCCACUGAUGGUUAGAGGAACACGACCAAGAGUUCAAGGUGUUGACUUCAUCAGAUCUACAUCCUGAUCCAGCAUCACUGGGAUGUUCUGGAUCAGGGCUUCCAGGACUUGAAGGAUCUGCUGCUGGUUCAUAAACCUGCAGAGCACUGACCAAUCAGAGCCCCGACCAAUCAGAGCCCCGACCAAUCAGAGCUGUUUGUACUGAGGAGUCCAGCUGGUUUUAAUGUUGUGGCUGAUCAGCGUCCGUUUUACUGUCCCUUUAAGAGCAGCACCUGGUUGGUUUGUGGAUGUUCCAUCACAGCUUCAGGUCUUCAGCAGGUUGAACCUCAUCUUCAUGCUGUGUUUUCUCCUCCACUGACCUUCACUGUGACCUGCUGCCGGUCCUGAGACUCUUCGAUCCAUUCCAACACUGUGACAGAAACCAGACUUGGUGAACUACAAUGAUGGAGGAGGUUUAAGGAGCUGCUUCGAUGAAACUCCUCAGAGGAUACGAAGCACUCACACACUGUUUCGCCCACUCGUGUCUUACAGCUCAGCUGCCAACGUUGUGAUCUUCUCCCCUCCCAGCCUCAGAAGUCUCUUCUCACUGAGCCGAAUGCGACUGUUUUCAUGACGCCGUCGGCUCCUCUGUGCUGUAAAACCACCAAACCCACCCCCGUUUACACUGUGACCAACGCUGCACUCCUCCGGUACUUUCCACUUCACCCUGAGGAACAUUUAGCAGUUUUCAGACCCGAGUUUUAGGAAGAUAGAGUGAAAAAAGCAUUUCAGAAUGCUUACAUUCAUACGUCUGUUGGAUCAUUUAUUAAAUACGACGUCACAGGCAGCAGGAUGGUGGAAGUGUUCAGAGGUUGUUCCUGUCAAACAUUCAGUUUUAAUAAAGUCCUUCAGGAUGGUGGAGAUUCUGUGGAGACAAACUCACCACAAAAAGUCCAUGACAAAGACUUCUGUGACACUUACUGACCUCCAAACACAACUCAUCGAAGGCACACAAAGUCACCACAAAAAAAGUCAAAUCAGUACAACAAGGGCCAAAAUUACAACAAAAAGUUAACAAAAUUACCACGACGACUCACACUCACCACAAAAAGACUCCAAUUCUCCUCUUAAAGAGAACGAAAAGACUUCUGUGACACUUAACAACCUCCAAUCAGAACUCAGUGCUGACACAGCUAGAGCUCAUUCUUUUGGUGGUGAUUUUGCUGUUUUUUGGAGGUCAUGAACCUCUUCAGAAGUCUUUGUCAUGUUGCCCGUUGCUAGCUAAACUCCCACAAUGCUAUCUGCUUGUUAACGUGAACUGUAGUCUGAUGCCUCCUCUGGUCUCUACAGUUCUUUAUUUCCUGUCCAGAGGAGUCGUUUUUAGAUGUGGAGGAUGUGGCUGCUCGACGCUAGGUUCGGUAGCAUACAAUAGAUCAUUAGCGGUUAGCAUUAACAUUUUUAUGAAGUCUCCAGAGUCACUGGAUAACACUGAAAUGGAAUUGUUUUGUUGUUUUUUUGUUACUGUACGAUCCAAACCCUCGACAAAACCGUUCUGACGUGGAUUUCGGAGACAGUAAUGUGCAUAUUAAAAAGUGAGAGGCUCCACCUGGUGGAACAACCGGGAACUACAGCUGAUCUAAAAUGCAUUUACUGACAUCAUGGAGAGAAUACAGGUUUUCUACAUAUAUUAAGUUGUAAAGUAGACACACUGCAUGGAUUCUAGCAACUCUAAUGUGCUUAAAGUGAGUGUUAUCUGGGAAAUUGGUGUCUGAUUGGCAGCUGGACGUCCCUAAAGGUUCUCAGUUUCUACCUGCAGCUGGAAAACACAUUCAGCUGGUGUUUCCUCAUAGCUGAGCUGCUGCUACGUCAUCUAAAAGUGGUUGAGGAUGGUGAAGUCCAACACCGGCAGCAACAUAUAGUUUAGUUUCCAAAUGGAGGCGAGCUCCACUAGAAGUAUAAACACGAUAAACUGAAUGUUAUCAGGAAAUGUCUUUAAAUAUUCAGUUACAGAAACAUCACAGAUAUAAAAGCUUUGCUUGUCUGCAGGUUACGACUGUUUAACUCAUAAAAACCAGAUGAAAUCAUCUCCGAAGGGCGGAUCCCUUCAGGGCACUGAUGUUAGACACACUCUGGUCUGGAACUGGUUUUGCAGCUUUUUGGGAAUUUAAAGUUGACUGACAGAAAAACUGGUGAAAGCUUUAGUGUUUAACUCCAUGUCAGUUUGGGUCAGGAGGGGCUUCCUUACUGUAUUUUGUAAUUCUGUGCUUUAUAUCAGCCACAUUUUCAGAUCUGGACUCUUUGGUUCAAACAACUCCUUUGGAAUUUAGUUUUUCUUGGAAGCAGCUUGAACUUCUGGCAGCUGCUAACGCUAGCAGAUUCUGGUUGCUGUUGCAUUACAUUUUCUCUCCCCUGAAGCAGCUUCGUGAGUUUUAAACUCAGCCAUUGAACCUGUUUCCUAGAAAUGUCUGACUUUUCUGGCUGCACAACGUGAGACUGUUGAGAGUUUUCUAAUCCCAGUGGUCGCUCAGGUUUAUUUAUCAGCCGGUUGGCUGUUUAUCCAGGGCUAAAAUAUGCUGAAGUUCUGUCUGAUAAAGAAGAAUUCUUGCGGCGAGACUCUCCUGUUUCCUUUAGCCCAGUUGGCUCUGCUCUGCUCCACAGCCUCAUCAGUGUCCUCAUGAGUUUUUAAUGCGACCCAGAUGCUACAACUUAUCAGAGUUUGGGGUCAAACUGUCUCUGGAGAAUUCUGCUCGUUGCACUUCCUCAUGAAGCAAUAAAAACAACAACAGCAAGAGCAGCAGCUUCAUUCUCCGCUCUGGUUUCUGGGUUUUACAGUCCGCUGUAAAUGCAAACAACAUGCAAAGCUUCGUUCCUGAGAAGCUUCAGACUGUUUCCUGGAAGGAUGUUCGCUCGGCUUUUGUUCCCCAUCCAGCCGCCAUACGUUAUUUAUGUCGCCGUUUCCCUGACGGAAAUAUUUGCAUGCUUCUAAUGAAAACAGCUCCUUUCUGUUUCUGGUGUUUGUAUAAAAUCAGAAACAUUCCAGACGUUUCAGACGUUUCAGACUUCACUGGUUCUUGGAAAACAGAAAUAAGAGUUUCCAAAAAUUCCAAACUACAUUCUAGUGGCAUAAAAGUACAUGAAGGCCGAAUACAUGAGGGUCAUAGUCCAGACAACACCAACCAAACCUGAAAAAAACCACCUCAGAACAUCUGGUUCUUCAUCUCCAGUAACUUUAUCAAUGUUUAGAAUUCUACCUUCAGACUGGGAAUAUUUCCAGAGUUCCAGGUCCUUGAAGUCCACAGAGGAGAACGUCCCCUGGAGAAAGUUCUAGAGUAGACCAAGAGUAGACGUUCUCCUCUAUGGACUUCAAGGAUCUGGAACUCUGGAGGUAUUCCCAGUCUGAAGGUAGAACUGUGAUCAUUAAUGAAUUUACUGGAGGUGAAGAACCAGGAGGUUCUGAGGAGGUUGUGGAGGAACUAUUUUUUGCUGUUUUCUCAGUGAAUCUUAAACCCUUGUGAUGUUUCUGGAGCAGCUCAACAGUUUUUCUUGGUCCCUUCUUGGCCUCCAGCAGAUUCUCCAUGAGUUAGAAUCUAUUAUCAUGGAUUUGGGACACGCUGCUCCUGUUUGUGGUUUUUGGGCCAAAACAUCCGACCUUAAACUCUCUGUGGUGACAUAUUCAGAUUUUACAUAUUAGCAUAUUUCAUUUAAAAUUCUCCUGCAUAGAAAUCACUGCUGUUAGUUUUAUUUAAAGUUGCAUUAAUAGCGAUGCAGAUUUAAAAGACGACAAUAAUUAUCUUCUAGUUACUCAGUCAAUGUGAAAGAGUUUUAUAACAUUUCUUAGUUGAACAGAAGAGGAGGAAGCUGCUUAAUUAGAUUUUUAUCCUUUUUCCUUUAAAUUAUGGUUUAACUUUGACAGAAUAUCACUCUGCUGUCAGUAUGACACAGUUAGAAUGGCAGAAAUCUGAAUUUAAUUUACAACAUGUCGUCUCCACAUAUUGUAGAUCAUUAGUAACUUUUAUUUUUAUUUGUUUUUGUGAUUUUUCUGUGAAACGCUGCCUGCAGUUCAGCCGAAAACAGUUUUGUCAUAUGAAUUAAUUAAACGUUUCUGUCACCAGAUUUUAUUGAUAAUUUAACAAAACUGGGGAAAUAAACAUUUUAAGAGUUAUUAUUUUUCAGUCCUAAAUAUAACUUUUUUCUUUCAAAUAAGUGCAUAAAUAAUUUAUUUUUUACAAAUUUAAAUACAGUUUUAAAAAAUGGUGUCAUUUUCUAUUCAAAUGUAAAAAUCAGUCGUAUUAUAAUUACAGAUGUUGGAUGUGAUUAUUUGCAGUAUUGACUCGUUUCAUUAGAAUUAACAUAUAAAUUUAAACCUUAUUUUCCAAUGAUUUUACUAAACAUGUUCUGUAAUUUAACAAAACGGGAAACUAAAUAACGACAAAUUGUUUUAAAUUGAUUACAGUUAAAAUUGUGUCAAAUAAGGCCAAGAAAUUGCAAAAUUAAAUAAAGUCUCUCUGGAAUGUGCUAAAAAAAUAAAGCAUUAAAUGUCUAAAAAAACUUCAUGUGUAAAAAUUGAUAAAAUAUCCAAAUGUUUUGAAUAAAAUGUCUUUAAAAUAAGUCAAAGGUCACAAACUGUUCUUAAAUUAGCACAAAAAUAAACAUUGAAAGUCUCAAAACUGUCAACUUAGUGGCCAAAAAUCUUUUUAAAAGAAUAAAUAAAUAAAAUAAACAAAUCGUGAUUCUAAACUAUGAUAAAAAUAUGAUUCAUAAAAAUUAUUUAAAAAAAAACAUGAACAAAAUUUAUUUUGAGAUGUGGGAUCGUCCACAGUUUUGACUUGUUUUAUUACAGUUAACAUGUAAAUUAAUCAUUUAUUUAUUGUCAUUUACUUGUAAUUUUACUAAAUAUUCAUUAAACUUGUUAAAAACAUUAGUUAAAUUGUUCAUUUUUUGCAGUGUGUUUUGUCAGAAUUGAUUGAAAUUAAUUAAAUUGGUCUUUAUGUCCGUCCUGAUUGGUCCGUCCUGAUUGGUCCGUCCUGAUUGGUCCGUCCUGAUUGGUCCGUCCUGAUUGGUCCGUCCUGAUUGGACCGUCCUGAUUGGACCGUCCUGAUUGGACCGUCCUGAUUGGUCCGUCCUGAUUGGACCGUCCUGAUUGGUCCGUCCUGAUUGGACCGUCCUGAUUGGUCCGUCCUGAUUGGACUGUCCAUCCGUCCUGCUGGCUGUGGCGCUCUUCAGAGACCAGUUUUUGGUUCUUCUCAUGUACUUUGCUCUCAUGUGUUCCUCAGCUCCACCGGUUCUCUGCUCUGUUGGUUCUGAGAUCAGGCGUUUUGUACAGAACCUAAAGAGGUUUUCAAACAUCUCGACUUUUUGUCGUGUGUCGCUCUUAAACUGUGCUUUCUGUGUGUUUUCUUUGCUGACGACAGACACUUUUCUAAGCUGUUCUCACAGAGAAGUUGGGUUCUGUGGAGACGUUCCGAGCUGAACUGAAGCCAUGAAGGUUCUGGAACUGCGGGUUCCUUCUGUAGAGUUCCACAUCCAUCGCCCCGCUGACUUUUUAAUAUACUGUAUGUUAAAAAAAAAGCUUCACAGUUUGAUGAAUCAUGCAUAUUUUAAAACUGUUCUGUUUGUAUUUCUACUUGCAUCGUGGUUCCAAUGUUGUGAAAGUUCUGUUGAUUUGUAGAGACGAAGUCGUUCAACUGUUUGCACAUCAGCUCACGACACCUUACAGCCCAGAAGGUCACCUUAAAGCUCAGUUAUUCUCUGAAAACCUGUUUAGAACCGUCUGGUUCUUCAUCUCCAGUAACUUUAUUAGUGACCAUAGUUCUACCUUCAAACUGGGAAUAUCUCCAGAGUUCCAGGUCCUUGAAGUCCAUAGAGGAGAACGUCUCCUGGAGAAAGUUCUAGAGUAGACCUACCAACUGUCUCCAGGGAAUGUUCUCCUUUCUUGCCUCUAGUCUUCAAGUUUAGUCUCACUUAGAACAUUCCAGGUUCUUGAAGUCUGUAGAGGAGAAUGUCCCUGUAGAAAGUUCUAGACUAGACCUACCGACAACUGGACAGAUCACUGAUUAAUAUCUUGGACCACCUCUAUGGAUUUCAAGGACCUGGAACUCUGAAAAUAUUCCCAGUGUGAAGGUAGAACCCUGAUCAUUAAGUCACUGGAGACGAAGAAGCAGAUGUUCUGAAGAAUUUUCAGAUUUAACUGAUUCUAUGUGACAUAUCACCGAAGCUGGACUGAAUCUGGACUUGGAUCAGUUUCACACGUUGUAGGUUUUGUUUGGUCACACGGUGUUCCACAACGUAAACACAACAAACAAGUGGUUCUGCUCGGUGUUCUUCUGGUUUCCGUUUAGAGGUGAACGUUACAGUCGAGGGCACACGUGGUUUUUGUAAAAUAAGAUGUUCAUAUUUUACAUUGUUCUCAUGAACAUUGUUCUCUUGAAUUCAAAUAAACUUGAUAGCCACUU